GCAGUACUCACGAUGCUCCGAAAUAACCUAACAAGCCACGGUGUGGAGUCACAUGGCGCGUGUGGCGACCACCUGGUGAAGAUAUAUCGCGCAAUCACUUUCGCGGCGAAUGCGGCUUCUCAGGCGCGGUUUGCAUCAUAUCGCGCGUAGGGUUGCAGCGCACCGCGUGUCCGACGACGUUCCGCUCGCCAAGCCACCUGUCAGAAGCGUCGCGUUCACCGUCAAUCUUCUCGAUUUCAGCCGCUGGGGCACCAGGAAGGCGAAUAGGAACCUGAAGAUCGCCCUCGCGCUCGACAUGACGAAUCCUAAGGUUGAGGAGGUCCUAGCGCCGCUCCGGGCGAGCGUCAAGGAACAGGGAGAUUAUGUGCGGAAGCUGAAAGCUGAUGGCGCACCAGAAUUGGACAUUAAGAAAGCUGUAGCGGAGUUGAAGCUGCGCAAAAAGAUAUUAGAGGACAAAGAGAUGUCUCUAGCUUCCAGCAAUAUAACAUUCGACAGAGCGAGGAUGGAGGAUCUCUUGAAGCGUAGAUUCUUCUUGGAUCAGUCUUUCGCAAUUUACGGUGGUAUUACUGGUCAGUAUGACUUCGGACCCAUGGGCUGCUCGUUGAAGACAAAUCUGAUAAAUGCCUGGAGAAAUUUCUUCGUCCUAGAGGAGCAGAUGCUGGAGGUUGAUUGCUCUAUCUUGACGCCUGAGUCGGUGUUGAAGGCGUCUGGCCACGUGGAGCGAUUCGCCGAUCUGAUGGUGAAGGAUGUAAAGAGUGGGGAGUGCUUCCGUCUAGAUCACUUGAUCAAAGCGCACCUGGAAAAGAUAAUCUGUGACAAGAAAACGAGUGAGACAGUACGCGAGGAGUGCAGAGAUAUCAUUGUGAAACUGGAUGGUAUGACAAAGGACGAGAUGGCUGCAGUAUUGUCCAAGUAUAACAUGAAAUCACCGGUUUCCGGUAACGACUUGACGGAACCAAUAGAGUUCAACUUGAUGUUCGGCACGCAGAUCGGACCGACGGGACUCAUCAAGGGCUUCUUGAGGCCGGAAACGGCCCAGGGUAUCUUCGUCAACUUCAAGCGACUGCUGGCGUUCAAUCAGGAACGAUUGCCGUUCGCUGCGGCACAGAUUGGUAACGCCUUCAGGAACGAAAUCUCGCCGCGAUCCGGGCUCAUACGCGUUCGAGAGUUCACCAUGGCGGAGAUCGAGCAUUUCUGCGACCCGAACGACAAGAAUCAUUCCAAGUUUGGGACUGUUAAAGAUAUAAGUAUGCUGCUGUACUCAGCUUGCAAUCAAAUGGAUGGUAAAAGCGCGCAGCGUCUUACUAUAGGUGAGGCCGUCUCGUCCGGACUGGUGGCAAACGAGACGUUAGGUUACUUCAUGGCCAGGAUCAAUCAGUUCUUACUGAAAGUCGGUGUCGACCCAAAUCGUGUGCGCUUCCGUCAGCACAUGAGCAACGAAAUGGCGCAUUACGCCUGCGACUGUUGGGACGCUGAGUGCCUGACUUCUUACGGAUGGAUCGAGUGCGUAGGAUGCGCCGACCGGUCCGCCUAUGACUUGACACAGCACACCAAGGCCACCGGCGUGAAAUUGGUAGCCGAGAAGAAACUACCCGCUCCAAAAACUGUGGACGUUUGCGAGAUCGUACCAAAUAAAGUGUUGAUUGGCAAAACGUUCAAAAAGGACAGCAAAGCUGUGCAAGAUGCAUUAAUAUCGUUAGGCGAGGAUGAGAUUGUGUCCUUGGAGAGAGAUCUCAGCGAGAAGGAAGAACACGAGUUGACUCUGCCCAACAACGUCGGCGUGAAGAUCACCAAAGACAUGAUAGAAGUAAAGCGUUACCAGAAGACUGUUCACGUGGAAGAAAUUAUACCCUCUGUGAUCGAACCUUCUUUCGGAAUCGGUCGUAUCAUGUACGCCCUGUUUGAACAUAAUUUCAAGACAAGAGAGGGUGACGAGAAGAGAACGUAUUUCGCCUUACCGCCAGUAGUAGCGCCGUUGAAAUGCUCGGUGUUACCACUCAGUGGCAACGACGAAUUUGUGCCGUUUGUAAAAAAAUUAUCGCAAGAUCUGACGAGAGCAGAUGUCUCACACAAAGUGGACGACUCUUCCGGUAGCAUAGGACGCAGAUAUGCUCGUACCGAUGAGAUAGCGAUACCAUUCGGCAUUACCAUCGACUUCGACACUUUGAAGGCGCCGCACAGUGCUACGCUCAGAGACAGAGACAGCAUGGGACAAGUUAGAAUAAACUUGGAUGAACUGCCUGGUGUAGUGAGGGAUCUUUCCUAUGGAAGGAUUACUUGGGCGGAAGUGGAGACAAAGUAUCCCAAGUUUGUACAACAAGAAUCAACAGAACCAUAGAAAACUUAGAUAGGCUCGGGAAUAAUUUAUUUGUACUAUAUAGAAGCUAUAUAGAACUGUAUUUUGAAUGGCGUAUAUACAAAGUUUUUAUAUAUUGAGCAUAUCAAGGUGUUUAUUAGAAAAUGCAAUAUUAGAAAAUAUACCACUAAUUUUUGGAAGAUUUAAUUUAAACAUUUGUUAAUCAGGAAAUUUAAACUUAUACAAUCCUUUGCAGAUUUUAAAAAUUUACAUGAUAUGUAUUUGUGUAUUUAUUAAAAAAAUAAUAUAAACUUUGAGAAUCCUGCAGGAAAUAUUUUGCAAUUGUAAUAGAAUACUUAUUACUCUUCAUCUCUUCGACUUACUGUAUAAUUUAGUCACUCGCAUUUUUCAGAAUCAUUUACUUAUUUAAGUUUUUAUAAACGCUGUGUAAAAAAUAUAGAUCUGUUUCUUAA